CCUCCAGCCGAGUGUUUAUCCGCGGAGCUGCAGGGGAUGUAGGAAGGACUUUUCCGCUUGUUUCCACUCUGCCAACGAACUCCUCGCCUGAACGGGUGAAGACGCUUGCAGCAUGGACGGCUUUUACGACCAGCAGGUCCCGUUUAUGGUCCCGGAGAGUAAAUGCCACACAGAGGAAGAGGAGCGGUGUCUGAGCGACAGGCGGAGGAAGUUCAUGGACACAGAGUUGGCUCAGGACACAGAAGAGCUUUUUCAAGAUCUGAGCCAGCUCCAAGAGAUAUGGAUCGCAGAAGCUCAGGUUCCUGACGACGAGCAGUUCGUCCCAGAUUUCCAGUCCAAUAACUUGAUGUUUCACGGACCGCCUGUCGGCAAAGUGAAACAGGAGCCGGGUGCGUCCAAAGAGCCGUCCCCCUGCAGGACGCCUCAGGCCGACAUGUGCCUUUACGCUUACAGUGCCUGUGACAACAAACCCGCUCUGACCCCGGCCCCCUGCGGCCCCAUCCAUCCCGCUGGCCCUCCACCCAUACAGAGGCAGCUGCAUCCUUCCCACCCCCACCUGACGGGGAGCUGCCCCCCGAGCCACGCCGCUGCCCUGAGUCCGUCUCACCACCACCAGCACCAGCACCAGCACCAGCACCAGCACAGCCUUGCGCAGGUGAACCAGAGCCGGCAGUUCGCUGUGCCGCGCCCUCCCAUCGGCUGCUCGGGCGCCGCGUCGUUCAGCACGGAACAAAGGUUUCAGCGGCAGCUCUCGGACCCCUGCUUGCCCUUCCUCGCUCCAGACAAGACCACGAACACGCCGCCGUACCACCCCUCGGGCCGCGACGGCCGGCCGCUGUACCAGCGCCACCUCUCCGAGCCGCUGGUCCCCCACGGCCCCCGGACCUUCAAGCAGGAGCUGGUGGACCCCCGCUACCCGGAUCCGGGGCCCCCCGGUGCAGGCCUGCCGAGGCCCCAGACCACCUUCAGCCACGUCACCAUCAAACAGGAGCCCAGGGACUUUGGCUUCGACUCCGAGGUUCAAACCUGCCAGUCGUCCUCCUUCGGGAAGUCUCCGGUUUUGUUUCAGAACGCCUGUGCUGGGUUCGGCCAUGACAGAGACCAGCGUCUGUACUACGACGACACCUGCGUGGUUCCGGACAGAAUGGAGGCAGGUAAAGUGAAGCAGGAGGGUCUGCCGUAUCAGCGCCGAGGCUCCCUGCAGCUCUGGCAGUUCCUGCUCACGCUGCUGGACAACCCCGCCAACGGACACCUGAUCGUGUGGACGGGGCGCAACAUGGAGUUCAAGCUGAUCGAUCCAGAAGAGGUGGCUCGACUCUGGGGGAUCCAGAAGAACAGACCGGCCAUGAAUUACGACAAGCUGAGCCGCUCGCUGCGCUACUACUACGAGAAGGGCAUCAUGCAGAAGGUCGCCGGGGAAAGAUACGUCUACAAGUUUGUGUGCAACCCCGAGGCCCUUUUCUCCAUGGCGUUCCCGGACAACCAGCGGCCGAGCCUGAAGGCCGACCCGGACGCCAUCCUGCCCCCCAGCGAGGAGGACAGCCCCCUGCUGCCCAGCUACGAGGAGGAGGGGCCGUACCUGGUGGACGGGGCCGAGCAGUGCAUCCAGGGCCUGGCGUUCCCCGACAGCUACCCGUACUAGACUCCAGCCCGGCCCGCACCGAGCUGCUUCCACCCCGCUGGAGCCCCGACUCGCGCGGCUGGGUUUGGGAUUGUUGAUAUCUGUCAUGUCUGUCACGGCUUUUCUGAGAAUUCUACACUUUUGUUUUUGUUUUUGUUUUUUUGCCAGAUGUUUUGCUUGUAAAAAUUCAGAUUCGGUCCCUGAAUCUGGAAGAAUGUCAAAGUUUUUUCCCCUCACAAAAUUAUUUUUGAGAAUUGUGAGUCCGGUCAGAACUGUUAAGAAAACUGUGGACAAAAGAGCUUGAAUUGACAGCGCACAUGAUGGCUUUUACAGGAGAAGGCAAACAAAAAAACAAAAAAAAAACAAGGUUGAUGAUUUAGGAUAUAAAUUUAAUCUUCAGAAAACUCCAAGUUAUGAGAAUAAUUCAUUGUUUUUUACAGAUAUAAUCAUGAUUAUCAAAGUAUUCACAUCUAGAAAGAGAAACUAAUUAAACAAGGUUCACAAACUACCCAAUAAUGCAUUUUUUUCCUGUAAAAGUUAAAACAUUAAUCCCCAAAUCUGUCAGAUUUUUCAUGUAAAAUAUCCAACUCCUUUGUUGCGACUGGUGAAUCAAACCCCGAGAACGUGACGACCUUUCCACGCGAAACGCUUCAGCUCUCCUCUUUGACGGUCGUGGAGGUGGUAGCUCUGCAGCGCGGCUGCAGUCCUCCUGUACGUGAGCUCUGGGAUGUCUAUUUGAACCAAAAAGUAUCUUGAAGCCAUGUCACUCUUUUCCUAAUUUACCCAGAAGUGUUUUUGUUAAAGGGGGUGAAAGGUGUACUUCUUGAAAGGGACACACUUGUGUUUUCCAGACCUUUGAAACCUCCUGCAAACAUGUAUAAUAGAAUUUAUCUUGUGUACUUUUAUCUCUUUUUUUUUUUCCCAAAGCUAAUAUUUUGGCAUUAUAUGGACUUGUAAGUUUUUCCUAUUUCUGAUCUAUGACAAAGGUACUGCUUCUAUUUUUGAUUCAGUAAUACUGCCACUCUGAUGCUAAUAAGAAGCAUGGACUUUUCUUACAUGUGGCUCACCAGUUAAUGUACCGAGAUAGUUUUCUGCAGUUUGUAUAGUUGAUUUGCUUUGAUGUGUAGAAAAAAAAAAGUGUAUAAUUAUAUAUGGAUAUAUUUUUGCAAAAGGCUGCAUUUGCUUGCUAAUGUAUUGCAUCAGCGUAUUACCCCGGAGUCCUGCAGGUAGAACAUGGAUGUAAUGGUAUAUUUUGCUAUAUGAUCACAUGGUUAUAUGAGACACUGGUGUGACUUCUACCCUCAGAUACUGUAUGUGUGCCUUCUGUUCAUCUUUACUGAUACAAUAAACUAUUUUACUCUUUU